AUGCCUACGCACCACCCCGGAACCGCAGUCGCUCACAGCAAAGGCGAAAUCGACACAACCGAUCUCCCCUGGGCACUCACAACACACUUACUCGCAAUCAACCACCAACAAUUUCUCCGCGUCACAAGGCACCCCUUCCUAGAACGCGCCGCCAAGGGCUCUCUGCCUAAGUCUGUGAUAGCACAGUGGUUAUCAAACGACAGGCAGUACAUUGAAGGCUACCUCUCCACACUCAGGAAUACUCUCAGUCUCGUUCAAAGCACCUACAAGCCGACAAUUGCUCCAGACGCUGAACCUGAUAUUGAAACACGCCUAAUCAAAUGGCUAGAGGCUGGCAUUCAAAACGGAGAGCGGGAGAUUCAAUUCUUCCAGGAAGUUGCUGAAAUUUACAAGAUUGAUUACUAUCCCUCGCCAUUACAAGAAAACCUCAAGUCAGAAGGCCUUCGUCGCUACGAGGCCCUGUUCAAUGCUGUUGCAUCUCAACAACCUAAUUCUUUCAUCCCCUGGUUAGAGGGCGCAAUUCUACUAUGGUCAACUGAGAAGGUCUACUAUGAAGCUUGGUCUUGGGCUCGUCGUCAGGAUACCCAGUCAUCUCCCCGAGGUUACGAAAAUGACCUGGAUGGCGGCGCCAUGCGAAGAGAGUUCAUUCCUAAUUGGUCUAACCGAGACUUCAUGAUGUUCGUCGAGCAGCUUGAACGUAUCAUCAACGAAGGCGUGAGCAUCGCAGUAAACCGCGACGACAGGAGGUGGGCAGAGGUGAAGAACAGGGCGGAUCCGAUAUGGAGGGCUUUGUUAGAUGCCGAGGAAGCUUUCUGGCCAAACGUACCUAGCGGUGAGGGUAGUCUGAUUGAGCCUGGUGUUCAGCGAGGCGUAGAUGGCAAGAUGGACGAGAACACCCUGCGCAGUACUGGCGACGACGAGAUCUUGAACGAGCAUCAGGGCGUCCGAGCAGGUGACAUUGCCACUAUGCGCAGCAACCAGCAUGGUGCAGUAGCGACUUGA